UUUCAUACACUGUGCACUUGUUGCAAUCGGGUGUGGAUAGCAGAGAGACAGGAAGGGAGAGCGAGAGAGCGCAGCGGGGAGAGGGACGCAGCAACGCUCUGAGUGCGCGGAGGGAACGGGCGGCUCUCGAUGCGGAGGUCUCUGUGAAGUAGCAGCCUACCUGUUGAAGCUCACUGUGGGAGACUGCCGUGUUGGACCCACGGUGAUCGUGGAUCUGCGGUAACCUUCUGCGCCUGGGAAAGACGAACAGCCUAAAUAUGUUUCCUAGACUAAUACUCUGCGCUGUUUUGGCUGUGUACCACGGGACGCAAAGUUGCAGUGGAUUUAAUAUCGAUGAACGGUUUCCUGUGAUCAAAGAGGGAAAAACCAGUGGGAGCUUCUUUGGAUUCUCAGUAGCCCUGCAUCAACAGACGAAAGGCUCCAGAAAAUACCUGCUUCUGGCAGGAACACCCAAAGAGAAAGCCAAAUCUCUAAAAGAUGUCAAUGAAACAGGUGCUGUCUACUCCUGUCCCAUUACCACAGACUCCACUGAUUGCUCCAGAAUGGACCUGGUCACCUCAACAAAUCAAAACGAGAUGGUGGAGGGCAUGUGGCUGGGCGUGACAGUGGCCAGUCAGAGGGACCAGCCGGCAGGGCGUGUGCUGGCGUGUGGGCAUCGCUAUGUGAAGAUCACCAAAAGCGGCUCAGACAAGGAAUGGCGGAUGAUUGGAAAGUGCUAUGUUAGGGGUAAUGACCUGACCUAUGACCCCAACGAUGACUGGCAGACGUACAGUUAUGAGGUCUGUAACCCCAACUUCGAAGUGCAGUUUGAAGGCAUGUGCAACGCGGGCAUCUCAGGCGGCAUUACAGGCAAUGAUGUCUACAUCGGUGCCACAGGCAGCUUCUUGUGGCAAGGAAAUGUUCAUAUAACAUGGAGAAAUCCGGAUCCAGCGCUUUCCUGGGACUCUGAGGACAGAAACUUUGGACAGCUGAAUAAUCGAUACAGUUAUAUGGGUUAUUCAGUUCUUGAAGAGAAGAAGCUGUUGAGCUAUAAUGACUACACAGUGGUGACAGGGUCUCCCAGGGAUGAGUCCAAGGGCUCUGUGAUGUUUGGGACAAAGUUUGACAACAGCAUCAAGCUGGUGCUCUCCAUCCCCGGAGAACAAGUGGGCUCCUACUUUGGCAGCAGCCUGGCUGUCACUGACCUCAACAAUGACGACUGGAAUGACCUGAUUGUGGGUGCACCAUUUUACUUUGACCGCAUGAAGGAUCAGGGAGGAGCGGUGUAUAUCUUCAUGAAUGAGAAUGGAUCUUUUCAAAUGAAUUCCACUGUGACACUGAAGGGUCCAUCGCACUCUGCAUUCGGCUUGGCAGUCGCUGCUAUUGGUGAUGUCAACCAAGAUGGAUUCCAAGAUUUUGCUGUGGGAGCUCCAUUUCAUGAGACAGGAAAGGUCUACAUUUGGAUGGGAAGUAAAGAGGGAAUCUCAGUGGAGCCCAGUCAGGUGAUUGAGGGUAAGUCGGUGGGUAAUGGAUUCCACACCUUCGGCUACUCCAUCAAUGGAGGGAUGGACAUGGAUGACAACAAUUACCCUGACAUAGUAGUUGGCUCUCUGGAUGACCGCAUUGCGCUUCUCAGAGCUCGACCAGUCAUCCACUUAACAAAUGGCUUCACUGUGGACCCUAAGAUUGUGGACCCCAGUCAGUGUGCUGGAAAUGCACCAUGCAUCACAGCGACUGUGUGUAUGUCUUUCACUCUAAGCAAUGGAAACAGAGACUUCAAGAGAGAUAUCACGGUGAAGUACACGGUGGAUGCGGACAUAGUGAGGAGGAGAAGUCCUCGAGUGACUUUCCAGAACAAUAAUGGUAACACCUACACUGGGUUACUGAGCCUGCCAUCAUCCAAAAACAUGUGUCACACUCUACAGCUGGGUGUAGUGGCACCUGUGAGGGACAAACUGGAGCCAGUGGUCUUUUCUCUGAAAUUGGCCUUAGAUGAACAAAAACCUAGCCCUGGGCAGAGCCUGCAGAACCUGGACUUAUUCCCAAUUCUGAACAAGAAGCAGAAACUCUCUCAAACAGCUGAGAUUAACUUUCAGAAGGAGUGUGGCUCAGACAACAAAUGUACUAGUAACCUGCAGCUGACAGCUCAGUUUGUUGACACAGAAGAUAAACCUUACCCCAGGCAGGGCAAAUUGCAGGUGCUUCAAUUCAGCAGCAGUAUGAAGAUAAUAAGGCUGAUGGUGGAAGUGACUAACUUCCCUACUGGUGGGAAGCUGGCUGAGGACGCCCACCAGGCCACGCUCAACAUCACCAUCCCUGAUGCACUGAGAUACUCUGGCGUCAGGUCAGCGGACCCCAAUGUAGAAUGCACUAUAGAAAACACAGUGAUCUGUGAACUCGGGAAUCCACUUAGAGGCAAUGAAAAGGUGUCACUUGCCCUCAAGUUUGAGACAUCAGGGAUCAACCUGUACACACAACAUAUUGAGUCCCAGCUGCUUCUGUCCACUCUUAGUGAGCAGAGUGACUUGAGUCCUGUGCCUGUGGCGCUGCUGAUUGAAAGCACCAUCCUCCCCUCCUUCUCCGUAGCGAAUCAGUUGGUGCAAACACAAUUCGGUGGGACAGUGAUGGGCGAGUCAGCCAUGGUCAACACCAGUGACGUGGGCAGUCUGGUGGAGUUCACCUUCAAUGUGAACAUGAGGGGGCAGCCCUUGGGAGACUUGGGGACAUUGGCUGUGGAGUUUGAGUGGCCUUUUGAGGUAACCAACGGCAAGUGGCUGCUGUACCUGACGAAGAUUGUUGUUAUGGGUGAAUCUGAGAUGGAAUGUAACCCUGAAGGGGUAGUCAACCCGCUGAACCUAACUUUGUUAGGGGGCAGAUCUAAGCGUGCUAAACGGCAGAUUGUGGUGGAUGAGGAUGUGACCCAGCCACACAUUAUUGAGCCACAGGCAGCCAGUACACUGCUCCUCCACAGGAAAGAGACCUACCUUUUGGAAUGCGCCAAGGGGACAGCAAACUGUGUGACGUUUACCUGCCCACUGCUCAACAUGACAGAUUCAGCCAAGAUUUAUGUCCGGUCCCGUUUAUGGAACAGUACAAUGCUAGAAGACUAUACAAAUGCUCUGAGAAUUACAGUCAAGGGUCAGGCUACACUGAAGCUCAUUACAGAUAAACCAACCAUCAAGAUGGACAGUCAGACCACCACGUUCAUAGUGGAAAUAGAACCAGUGCUGGGAGUGGAGAUACCCUAUGAGCUCCCGCUAUGGAUCAUCAUCUCUGCAGUCGUAGCAGGAGUCCUACUACUAGGAAUUAUCAUUAUUAUACUGUGGAAGUGUGGCUUCUUCCAGAGGGCCAGCAGGAGGGAGAUGUAUGAGGCCAAGUCCCAGAAGGCUGAGAUGAAGAUUCAGCCCUCUGAGACAGAGAGAAUGAUUGAGGACCACUGAGGGCCCCACAGGUCCCCCAACAGCACUCACCUGUAGGGCUUUUGGGCUGGAUUCUUCAAGCGAGCCAUCUACUACCGGAUAAUGCCAAAGCAUCAGGGAGUGAAAAUUUGCAAGGCUGAGCGCUAUCAGUUCAAUCUGGGAUUUCAGCCUGAGGAGCCCCAGAAAAAGUACUGGCUCACUAGCUGGACAGAGAUGCAGCAUUACUACUACUGAGGCCGUUACUUUGAACCCUGAUUCACUCACUGUCACACUGGGCCAGGCAAAGAACACUGGGCUCCGUUGGGCCACAUGGAUUUUGCAGUGCAUGGACCAACUGUGGAUAGUGCAUACAUUUUUUUCAUAGAUUUUAUCAACAUUUUCCAGUGCAGCAGACUGAACAUUUGAGUUUCACAGAUUGUAAUUUGUUAAGUAUUUUUACAGUGUUGUACAGUGGAACUGGGGUUGCAGAAAAAGAGUGAAUAGUCAUUUUUUUAAUUGUCGCAGGUUUUUAUGUACAAAAAUUAGCAUUUGCAUCUAUGUUCUCAUUUCUUUUAUUUUUUCCCCUUUCUGAAUCCUCUGAGCAACAUUUGUCACAUUUAUUUCUACUGUGUCUGUUUUCCUCUCUAAUCAGAGGAAUGGAUCUGUUGAUCUUCUCUGUGCUUGGAUAAGUCCUUCCUGCCCUGUCUUCAGUCAUCACUUUGUGGCCAGUGGGUGUAGACUAUAUAAGGGUUUAAACCCACAUCAGCUGUUUUGGAAAUCAUAUUCAUCUGCACUUAAAAUAUGUUGACCAGCAUCCACUAUAUUAUGAGUGAACAAAUAUCUUUAAAUGAAUGUCCAUGUCAUAGAUUGGCAAGCAUUUUAUAGUCUAGCAUCCCAAAUGGAGCUAUGGUUGUAGCUCUGACCUCAUAUGAGGAACGUGACUUUGUAAGCCACAUGGAAACAUUAAUUUGCUGGUUUCAGGGAAUGAAAAAGGAGCGGUACAGAGGAAAAAGCAGGAAUCACUGGUGAAUGAUGUAGUUUGUAGCUUAAUUUCCCACAUUCCACAGCCAGAGUCACUGAAGCAACAACAGCAAUAGCUUCUUGUUUGAAUAUUUGUCGAUGAGAUCACCUUGGUACUUGAUUAUUUAUUAAACUGCCUUCUGUUAUUAUAGUGAAGAACCUACCUGGUUGUCUUUAAACAUGGGCACAUACAAGGAGUCACAACACUGGAUUAAGUAAUACAUGAUAUUAUAUCUGUCUGGUGAGUUUAAGCUCUAGCAUAGACAGAUAUAUUAUGAUUUGUACAUAAUGAGAAGUUAUGUUGAAUUGAGUAUUUGAGUGAACGCAUUGGCUUUUCUUGUUUCACUGUUAGAUUUUUGUACAAAACACUAAACUGACACUUGGAUUGUUUCUAAGCCAUCAUGGCCUCCGCUGAGGACAACCUGGGUAAAGAGAGGACAGUAGCUGAACUGUCUCUGAUGUGACUGUUUGUGUACCACUCUAGUCCAUGUUAUCUGAGAGCCCACAGGUACUCUCUUGUGGCUGUGGAUGGCACAGAGGCUCCAUUGUGAGUAAAGAGGGAACCCAAUGCACAAACUCUGUUCUCUGUAGUGG